UGGUAUAUUUUAGACUCUAUGCUCAUUAACAGACAGAUCGAAGAAUAUCAACGGUAUUAUGAAAUGAGAGGUAGUUGAAAACGAGAAAGGAAAUUCUUCUUUGGCUGAUCCAUUUCCUUUUCAAGAAUUAAGGAAAACCCAUCAAGGUUUUGCUUUCAGAUAGCUAAACAAAGAACUGGGCUAUGGAAAUCAAUGACGUCAAUGUUGAUGAUAAAAAUAUGCAUAUGGGAAAUCCAGAGUUAGAUGCAGUUCAGUUACAUGAAGAGGCCUCAUCAAGUGGAGAGGGCAUCCAAGAAAUGCAGAGUUCCACUUUGAACAGAAUUGACUUGGACUUGGCAUAUUCUAAUGAGAAAUUGGUAAAUUUGCAUGUACUUUUAAUGCUGCUUUUGGGUUGGGACAAUGAUCCUGAAGCAAUGGCCUCAGGGAAUAGUGAUAUUUCAGCUCAGUUCGUUGAAAAGGCAUUGGUAUUUGAUCUGUUAUGUGGAAUUUUGGAUUCUGAGUUAAGGGAAGUGGAAACUUUCUUGUAUACCGUUCAAGUGGAGAUUGUUGAUGCCCGUCAUAAAAUAUCUUCAUGCAGACCUUUGGGAGCACUAUUCAAUAAAAUGGAAGAGAAGCUGCAUGAUUCUGAACAAUCCCUUAAAAAGUGUCAAGAGCUUGUCUUGGAGGUGAAGAUGCAGUCAACCAAGCUGCAAGAUUCCAUUUCAUAUUUCAGAAAUGAGAACUGGAACAAUGACAACGCCAUGGCCAUAGCUGAACAAUAUCAGCUAUCAAACAUCAUUGGCAAAUCAAAAGUACUGACAGUUGAACAGCAAAGACAUAUAUUAAGGAUGCUUGAAAAAUCACUUGCACGGGAGCUAGAUCUUGAAAAGAAAUUAUCAGAGUUUGUUCAAAAUGAAGAGCAAUUAAAACUGAAGCUACACUAUACUGAACAAGUAGCUCUUCGCAUGGAAGAGGCAGCAGAAGUUGUUUGGGGAAGGUUUCUAGAGGCAGAAAAUGCUGCUGAGGUGCUCAUGGGAAUUUCAAAGGAGCUUGUAGGUCGACUUCAGAUUGUUCAGUUUAACCUGAAGGGUUCAAUUCAACGAGAAGCUGAGCUCAAAUCUAAACUUGAAGGUUGCAUUGAAGAGUUAAAUAGCAAAGAUAUUGCUUUAAAAAAGCUUGAGAGCAGCAAUGCAGAACAUGCUGCAGAAGCUUCUGAAGUAUUCAGUUUGAGGAAGAAGGUGAAAUUACUCGAGGAACAGCUAAAAGAAUCUGAGCUACAGCUGAAUAAUGCAAAUGCCUCCAAUGAAACAAGUCAAGAGCAUAUUCAUGAAAUGGAAAUCAUUAUUGAUUCACUAAAAGAAAAUGUUUGUGACACAGAAAGUAGGUCUGAAAGUGCAGAAGCCAAGGUUACAGAGUUAACAGAUGCAAACUUGGAACUUACCGAAGAGUUGAAUUUUCUUAAAGGUAAUAAUGAUAAUAAUACAAAGAAGGUGACCUCACUUGAGAAGCAGUUGAGGGAAAAGGAGAUUCAACUGCAGCAUGCAAAAGCAUCUUCUGAAGCAAGCCAGGAGCAGCAGCACAUGUUGUACUCUGCAAUAUGGGAUAUGGAAACUUUAAUUGAAGAUCUAAAAUCAAAAGUUGCAAAAGCUGAAAGUAAGACUGAUAAUGUGGAGGAGCAGUGCAUUAUAUUAUCAGAAUCUAACUUUGAACUUAAUAACGAGCUAGGCAUCCUGAGGAAUAAAAUCGAAUGCUUGGAGACAUCUUUGGACCAAGCUAACAAUGAAAAGGCGGCAAAUGCAAAAGAAAUCAAUUAUAGGACCAAGCUAAUCACAGAUAUGGUUACCCAACUAGCCACAGAAAGGGAACGCAUUCAAAAGCAGCUAUUUUCAUUAGUAAAGGAGAAGGCAAUAUUGCUGAAAAAGUUGCAAAACACUGUACAAAUUGGCUCUUUAGCUGUCUGCAACUCUGGAGUUGAUGGCGAAGAGAUAUCUGUCUCCAAGAGUGAUUCAAUUAAAGCUAAUUGUACAAAAACAUUUGAGAGAACAGUUCUCUCAGCCACAAGUGUACAGGCAGAUUCCAACAGCCCCUCUAACCAUGAAGGUUGUGAAUGCACUUAUAUGACCAUGUUGGUAGCACCCCAAAUGCAGUACUUGACCGGGGACUGUCACAUGAGAUGAAAGUCGGAUGGUAGAUUAGAUUCAGUUAUCCUUACACAUUUCAACUGAAUACUCAUACCCUUUGAGCCAAUAUUUAUGAUUAGUGUAAGGGUUCAUCGGGCAUUCAUAAGAUGUGAUGGAUAUAGUUUUUGUAACCUGAAGCACACAACUGAAUUGGCAAUCAAACUCUUCUAUAUAAUCCUAAGUGAUGGUGUUUUUCUUAGCAAUUUUCAUCCAAGUGAUAUUGACAAAGAACAUCAUUGAAAAUAGCAUGCUGUGCAUUGAAGAUUUUUAGGCAGCUUUAUGUUGAAAUCAAUGGAAUUAUAUCAUCCUUUGCCAUCUCAAAUAGGUUCUAGUUGUUCUUUAACAGAAAGUUUCAGUUGGUCUGUUGAGAAACCAUGAUGUACCUUUGAUGUUUACUCAUUCUUUGAGAAGAGAUAAUGGACCUUUUAGAGUUUUAUACAUAAAAAACCAUAAUUCAUUUGAAUGAUCUCUUCUUUUUCUUCUG